UCAAUUAAUAAGAUCGUUUUCGCACUCCUUAAUGUUGUAUCAUGCAAAGUGGUUUUGUACAAGUCGAGAUCCCCCCAUUCGAUAUAGGCAGGCAACAUUAUUUGCUAAGAGGAAGACGAGAAGCUGGUAUACUUCCAAGUUCUCCUCUUUAGCAAUUCCUGGGGAUUCCCGAUAAAGUAUCAAACCAGAUCACGAUGGCGUCCAGUGAGCAGGCGAAGACAUUCACCGUGCCUGUCGGUACGCGGCUUAGUCACGGCUUAGAGCUCGAACUACUCGUGGCGUAUCUGUACAAAUCUGACGUUUUACCCAGUGAGCUAGAUAACUCGAGCCUACCCCCUAUACUACGUGUUGAUGGCGGUGAAUCUGGGAACAUGGGUGACGUAUCUAACGACGGCGUUGACGGAUCUAGCGACGACUAUCUGUGGAUAGGUGCCUCAAACGUACGGGAUCAUAUCGUAGCGACACUACAUGAUCACGGUGUCCGAGUGCAUGCUGACUCGGAACUUUAUUUCGACGACGACGGGCACUCCCCUCACCUCCAUGGUGUCGAUAGCUGGGACAUCGACCUCGAUCCCACGGUCGCGCCAGGAAUACAAGAGUCGGCUCUACCGAAAGAGUACAAGUGGCUCAACGUCGAACUGCGGAGCCCGGCCUUUUGGGAUGUCCAGCACGCUUAUGACGAGACGACCUUCGUCGUCAACUUGCUCAAGUCGAAGUAUUGUGUGCGCGUCAAUGCGUCCUGCGGCUUUCACGUGCACGUUGCCAACGGCACCAGGUACUUCGACACGACGACGCUGAAACGGGCUGGUGCGUUCCUCUGGGCUGCUGACCCCAUGUUAUCUAGGUUACAUGCGCCAUGGCGCCGCGUCCACGAGUAUAGCACGAGCAUUCGGUAUAGAAGUCGGCUUGCGCGCGGCGAUCGGGUACGGCCGGAGGAGAUCCAGGCUUCUAUUGAUGUCUGUGCGGAGAGACUGGACGAACGGAGCAACGGGACUGUGACUAUGGACCCUCUGCCGGUUCUCCCUUAUUCCAGCACGGCUAUGGAAGAGGCUGCGCUCGGAGGCAGGGAGAAAUGGGAGGAGUAUGCUCGCGAGCGCGUGCAGCAAGGGCCAUUAAUGGAAGUGCCUGAGCAACCGCCCUCGCGAGCUGAACGUGAGUUACCCACGUCUGAUUCCGAACCCUUUUCUUUCCUAUUUGCAUCUUCGCCGUCAAGUGAUUGCGAAUCGGAUAACCCAGGUAAUCUAGGAGGUGAGUAUGACCGCAACCUUCAGGCGCUCCUGGACACGAAGGAGCUACGCGCGCGCUGUUAUAAGGAAUACGGACACCAUAAUGUCCGUGCUCUCAGCAUACGUCGGCAGUAUAUGCUCUUACUCGACAGUGUUUGCGAGAUGAUGUUCGGCCAUGCGGAUAUUAAUGAGCUCUCGGACGACGGUUACGAGGCUCUUAUCAGUCAAUGCGAAUCGUUCACGCAGGUUACUAGAUCGAGCUAUACAUGGGACGAGGACCUCAAUAGGUUCGGUCUCAACCGCGGAGCCAUAGGCAAGAAGCUCCGGGCACCCCCGGCACAGAAUUAUAACCCCGACAUCGCUCCCAGCUUAGCCGCGGUUCGCCUGCAGGAGCUCGUCGAGGAGCAGGACAGAGGCGAGAUCCCCGACGACGAGGUCCCGGAUUAUAGCGACGACGACGACGACGAAGACAUAUCGGGCGGAGUGGACGAUUUGGAAAAGUUCUUGUAUAAUCGUCUGGAGCAGUUGAUGCAGCAGCCUACUUUCCCCCUGCAUACUGUCGACGAUUUGGUCGCUGAGAUGAAGAGAUUGAAGGAGUUCGCGGGAAUGUUGUCCCGCCCAAGUUCCGUCGCUUCAACACCCCCUCCUGCCUCCGCGGCAGAGAUGACUGAUUCGGGCGGGGAGUUCAGUCCGUCUGCCUCGGACGCCUUGGACGAGGCGCUCGGGGUGCAUGGUUCUACUCCCUCCGGACUCCGAGACGAUAGUAAUAAACCCGGCUCAUCUACGACAAGCGAUAACUACGACCCGAGCAAAGACCCAGCCUUCUCCGACUUUGCUUCUUCAAAUUCCAGCUCAGAAAUGAUCCUCUCCCCCCUUUCUUCUUCCUCGCCCGCUCCCGACACUGACAAGCUCCAGCCCCACGACAUCAACCGGAUUCCCACGCGCUACAUCGACACUAUCUCCGAAGCAGCCUACCUCUCCGACCAGCACUGGCAGCGCAUAUCCUGGCUGCCCGACCCCAGCCUCAGCGGCCGACCCGAUCCGCUAGAACACCACGCGCGCCACAGCCAGGUGUGCGCCGGCCCCAGCUGCACGGAGCACGUGAUAACCAGCACGCGCGCGGGCAUCGCGACGCUCCUACGCGCCGAGUCCGCGGCCGCGCUCGCCGCGCUCCUCAUCAGCCCCACCGACCCCGACGACAUCGGCGACCGGCUGAACUACAACUUCGUGGCGUACGCGCCGUACACGCUCGGCUCGCUGGCGGCGGCCGCGGAGAAGCGCACCAUCGAGUUCCGCGAGGGCGGCGGCUCGCUGGACGCCGAGUGGAUCGCCACGUGGGCCAGGAUCUGCGUGGGCAUCCUGCGGUUCUGUCGCGAUAGCGACCCCGGGGAGUUCGACAGGGUGUUGGAGAGGGUUGUUGCGCAGGAGGAGCGGAGCAGGGGGGGAGGCGGGGUGCGGUACGAUGUGUGUGAUUUGCUUGAGGAUUUGUGUCUCUUUGGCGAGGCGGAGGUUGUGAGGAGGAGGGAGAGGGAGUUGGGGCCGCCUAGGUGAGCGAAAGCAGGUGAGUGUGUGGAAAUCAGCGAGGCGUUGAGGUUAGGUGAGUUGGUUUGAAACUUGCAUAUCUUAUAUAAUUCGUAUAUUGAGCACCAAGGUAA